AUGACAGUGUGGCCAUUCCCCUUAGAGUGGGGUGGAUGGACGCUGCUCAAGUACGCGUCGUACGUCGCAGGACUCGAGGGUGCAUUCAAAAAGCUGAAGAACGAACCCCAGACCCUAGUGGGUAGCGGGGGACCGUCGCCGACCGGCUCGGGUGGUGGCGUCGGCGUUGGUGUCGGCGGCCUCGGCUCGGGACAUACGGGCCACCACCCCACCUCCAACACCUGUCCCACCCCCGCGAGAAGGCGGCACCGGACCACAUUCACUCAAGAACAACUAGCGGAACUCGAGGCGGCCUUCGCCAAGUCGCACUACCCCGACAUCUACUGCAGAGAGGAGCUGGCAAGAACGACCAAACUCAACGAGGCCAGGAUCCAGGUGUGGUUCCAGAACAGGCGUGCCAAGUACCGGAAGCAGGAGAAGCAGCUGCAGAAGGCGCUGGCGCCCUCCGUGCUGCCGGCGUGCAAUGGCAUGAUGAGGAACCUGUACCAGCCGGCGGGCCGCUCCUACCAGCCCUACCCGCACCACAACUCCAUCGCCUCCAUGAACUCCAUGAACCGGUAUCCUCAGAUGGGUGCCAGUUCAUACCCCAGCAUGGCGCAGCCGUUCAGUAUGAGUCACGGUGGCAGCAACAUGGGCGGCAUGCGGCAAGACUCCAUGGGCAGCUUCAACAGCUUCUCCAAGGCGUCAGGCAUGUCGCCGGAGGACGAGUGGUACAAGAACAGCCUAAGCGCGCUGCGGAUGAACUCGUCGCAUAGCAACCUGGGAGCGCCCGCCAUGCUGCAGUACCAGACAUAACGCCUGCAGCAGCAGCAGCACUGGCUGGAGCAGCAGGAGGGCUGGCUGCCCGCCACCCCCGGCCACGCGCCCGCCGCGCCCAGCCCCGGGUCCCUGGGGCACGGGGGACCAGGGCCCCACGGCGGCUGGCAGCCCGACCCGGAGCUUGAGCGCGCCGACCAGGAGGCGGGCGCGAGGAGUCAAGGCCAGGACCAGUCCGACAGUGAGAUGUCGUGAGCCCGGCCCGCGCCCCGCCGCCACUGCUGCUGCUGCUUGAACGUCACCCUCCUCGAUGACGUCAUCUUGUUGUAUUCGCACCGUCGCGAAGACUGUUGGGGCUUCUGCCUCACGUUGGUCUCGCGGCCUCCGUCCAACGUCACCACCCUUCCCUCCCCACUCUGUGUGGGUCUGGGCCGCGAGGAAAGACGUCGGUGAACAACUACUUGUGGACUCGUUGUGUUACCCUUCCUUCGCCCCCUUCCCCCGAUUAAGUCAAGAUGAUGUGAGUUACCCUGUCCCUUUUCCCGUUUUGUUUCCUGAAAAGGGGACGCCUUUGACAUUGUGCCAUUUAUGAAGCCAGAGUUCAGCAGUGAAUAUUAGCAAAAGGCAUAUUUAAUUUUUGAUGCAGCUUCAGGUGUGAGUGACUCUGGAUUGAUGUAUAUAUUUUGUUCAGUGUGUUUUAUACAGGAAUUGGGUGUAAAUAAUACUAUAUUUAUCAAUUUAUCGUCAUCUAUUCAAUUAAAAUAUUCAGCAUCAUUGUUGAUGGAUGUCAACAGACUUGGUAAUUUCUUAAGGGUCAUACUAAAAAGUUUAAGUUGUCUUUAUAUGAAAAUUGUGAACUACAAUUUAAAAUUUUUGACAGUGUCAAAUAUCACCAUACUCAUCACACUCCUCUUGAAAGUUAACUGUCUCAGGAAUGUGUGUUACUGUAAAUGCCCCUCAUUAAGUGACACAUUCCAAAACAUUGGUUUCAUUACAAACAUCCUGCUUUUUUGCCCUACAAGUGUAGUUUUUUUUUUUUUAGGUCUGAAAGAAAUGAAGUGAGAUGUAUAAAAUGAGGAAAUUUCCAAUUUAAAAGGAAUUUCCAUCUGGUGGAUUAUUAAUAAAUAGUAAGCUUCAUGAACGUAAUGUGAUAUUUCUUUAAACCACCACUAUGUAAGGAUAUUUGUACAUUCGGUUAUGUAUUUGUUUAUUUUUACAAAUCUGAUGUUUAAUACUGAAUGGCAUCCCCACAAUCUAAUUUUUAUUUGCCUGAGGUGCAAAUUGUCUUGCAAGCUGUGUAAAAUAAAUUAUAGUUCAAAAA